AUUAUAAGUCCAAGGAAUUUGAAACGCCUUUGUCCUCCCAUAAAAAGCCUCGGGGUUUACUUCAGAAUUUUAAGGUAUGAUUGAAUUAAGCAUAAUUUUCCAUACAAAUCUGCUACACAAUAGCCUAUUGCGAAAAAUUGCAAUAAUACACUUGAGGCAAAGUUUCGCCGGAGAGUAAAUCAUUCUGGUUUUCUUUGUUAGAAUAGCACAAUGGCAUUCGGAGUACGAGUGGGUAGCUCUCACUAGAACAAAGCUUUUUAUGUGAUUAAGGAGUCCUAGCUUAAUUUUCAAGUUAAUGGAAGGCAGGUUUCUUAGACCAACGAAACAGGGAAUGAACUGCAAUUUAGCUAAAAUUAAUGAUCUUACUUUCGUUUAUACUAGGCCGAGUGUGAAAACGUUCGAGAAGCUCAUGCAUUGCACGCGCCAAGAGCAAAGAACAAAAGUAAGUGUUAUAUGGACCACUACCCAAAAUGGCCCUUAAAAUAAAUAAUUAUUGUAUUUUUCACAAUGGACUACACCCAUCUAUACCUGUAUCUGCUUUAUUUAUCAGUUUGUAGAUAUUAUAUAUUAGCACCGCAGACUUUCACUUCAUCUCAAUAUGCAAAUACAGUAAUACACAGGCUCCAAAUAACACUCUUGAAAUGACAGUCAUUAAAUUUAAUAUGUAAAUGGCUAUUCGAUCACGCAGACAUAUUUCUGAUUUUGUCCAUCUUUCUCUUUUCAUUAUUUACAACUAGCACUUUUGAUGGAUGUGAUGGCCCGCUUCCAUUUGUUACCGAUGCAAGCAUUUGAACUGCUUUUGCUUUUUGUAAGUGGUGUAUCGAUGACUGCUUCCACCACCAGCAAGAUCAACUUCAAUGUUUCGACACAUGGUAAGUUUAUCUAUAUUGGGUGAAAUAUGUACUUCUCACUUUACCUGAAUCGGGCUUGGGCUUCAAGUAGUCACUUGCGGCUCGUUGGAAACGCCUAUAUAACAGGAGGUUAUCUACAGCAUGCAUACAAGUGGACUUUUGGGAAUUCCUGAGACUUCAUUGAACAAUUUUCCAGAAAACUGACAAAAGAGGUUUAAGCUUCGAAAGUCGCUGUAUAUCUAGGUAACGUUAAAAAAAAAACACGAACGCAUUUUUAGACAUGAUAAGACACUUGCUUCACAAACCUAAUGGCAACGCAAUUUCCGUUUCUGUCUUUAUUGUUGGUGCAAAACGCACUGAAAACCAACCAAAGUUAUAACAUCUAGUGCAGAUAGAUUGCAAAACUAAACUGCAUAUACCACAAGAGAUCUUGCAACAAUGGCCUAUCAGUAUUGCUUUCAGGAUUGCGUUGUGUUUCACACGUAAAACUGUGAAAAGCGAAAAAGAAUUACUCGAGGAAAAUGUCACUAAGUCUAUCCGGAAAGCGAUAUAAUAGUAUGCAAAAGAGUUGUUUGUGACCCUUUUUUAAAGCACUGGGCGCUAAAAGGGAAAGGAGGCCACGUUUUUUCAGUUUUCCACAGUUGGCAAGUAAUCCUCUUUUGUUAAUGAAUAUUCCUUCUUGCAUUUGUUUUUGUUUUUUUCAUUUAAAAAACGUGUUUCUACAGGGGGAUGAUAUUCAGCUCAUUUAGAUUGAAUAUCUUUGACGACUUCGUUUGAUCCUGUGUUGAAUCGAAAGUUUUACUUUAAUUUCUUAUUGAAUUAAUUUGUAGCUUAGGAUGACCAAUUUAUAAAAAAUUUUAUUUCAUUAGUAUUUCUUACAAGAACUGUUUCUUUUAAUUAGCAUUCCAUUGUGUCAGACGGCUUUCUGCACUAAUUCGUCUAAUAUAAUGCGUUUUCGGAAAACUAAUUUGUGUGAACAAAGUUAAAGUAUAGAAAGCUCACGUCACAGUAGCCAUAUCGGUGUCACGGUCUGAAACAAUGAUGCAUUUUCUGUCCGAUUGAAAUAAGUUAUUCUCUUCAUGGUUUCCAAGUGACGUCAAAGGUGUCGGUGUUCGAGGCCAAUUAGGAAUUGACUGUUCGCCGGCUUGGAACCAAACCCAAUUUUGAUCCAAAUUAUAAUUGGCACAAGCGAAACUACAAGUUUUGUCCUUAAGAAGUGUCAAAACAAGUAAUGAUUGUUUACACCACCAAAUGUUGCUCACAAGAGAAUUAAAACCAUUUCGUGAUGUCCAACUGUACCCAAUUCGGGCGCACCUUUUGCGUUCCGUGACAUUUUUUUUUUUUUGGUCUGCUUUCCUACUCGCCUUGAGAGUACAGUAAUUGUGCUCACAUUAUGGGUAUAUAGGAUUUAAUGGCGCCGAAACCAACUGUGGAACUGCAAAAAUUUGGGGCAUCUUACAAAUGAACAGUUACCUGAGUUACGGCUUACAGACAUUACGAUUAACAACAACUUCCCUUCCGUCCUCGCUCUGUAGAGUGAAUAAUUAUUACAAAUCAAUCUGCGGUCUACAACUUCUCGAUAGGGAACUACGUAAGGACGACGACGACGGCAGUGAAAACGUCGGUAAAAAAAAUGAAUUUCCUUUCUUUCAAACUUAAUCGCAUCUAUUUGGACCCCAUUUGGACCCGCUAAAUAUGUCAAAUGUAGGCGAAUUGUCCUGGAGUUGAAUUCUUAAGGAUUUUAUUUAGGUUCAAAAAGAUAAAAGAAAAUUCGUCGUCGUAAGUCCACGUCCUCCAGAAAAUGUCAAAUUAGGAGGUUUCACGUCCUAAGUCGUGCAUUGGACGUCAAAGCCGUACUAAAAAGCGUGAUGCACGUGCUGAAUUGUUGUUUUGAUCAUUAAACCUGCCUAUUUUUUUUUUAAGGGCCUGUUUACAUGGAGUGGGGGACCCCGGUCUAGUGGGGUAGGUUUUGUUUUGUUUUGUGUCCCUCAGAGCGUGAAAACAAAAGAAACCGACCCCACUAGACCGGGGUCCCCUACUCCAUGUAAACAGGCCUUUAGUCGUCGCUGUGGUCGUCGUUAAGCUCCCUUAUUUUGAACUUAAAACUGGAGUAAUAAGGACACCAAAACGUCGUUCGAUUUUACCAUUGCUUUUACUUGACUACAAAACCGUCGAUCACAUAAACAAACAAAUAUCGUUACAAAUAGUUUUUUAGCGUGCGCGUUCUUAGGCCCUGUUUGCAUGGAGGUGGGGGACCCCAGGUAGGUGAGGUAAACUAUGGCGGGUCACCUCACCUAUUAUGUAAACGUGAUGAAAUUAAAAUGAGAGAUUAUAUGGACAAACGGGUUACCCCACGUAAGCUGGUUACCUCACCUACCUGGGGUCCCCCACCUCCAUGUAAACAGGCCCUUAGAGUAACAGUAGCAUGUCAGUAGUAAGUCACGUUCAGAUAAAAGAAAAUCGUUUUAGUUAAAGAAGAAAUAUUACCAAAACAACCCCAACUCAGUUCAGAGAAUAAUUUACAACGAGCAACAAUUUCAUGACUCGAUUGCUGCUCUGUAGUAAUGUUGAGGGUUUUAACCUGUCAAAUGAUUAGGUACUUCGUCCUAUAUUAACGAAUACUUGGCGGCAACACAAAGAAACAAGCGACACCUCUAUAAUGGCACCAUGACGCGGUUUUUGGCAAAGGGUUUGCCAUAGUCCUCAAACUCCGAUGCGUAGUCUCUCCAGCCAUCUAUUUUGGAUUUUUCGAUUGAUCUCGGCACAAGUAGCGAGUUCAUCAGAUCUCCAGGAAGCGUUGUACAUCGCAAGUGUGUUCUCAAGUGUUAUGUGGAUCGUACUUGGCCGUGGCUUCUCUAACUACGAAUGUUUCCAUGGGGACAAAGUUAAUUCUAGUCGUUCAUGCGAGUACUAGUACAUUUUACCCCUUCACACUCGAAGUAGAUUCCAAUAUAAAUGCACUUAGAUAGUACUUACAAGCCCAGAGUGAAGCCAGCAAGUGAUGCUAUCUAUGUGCACACUAGGUGGAUACCGAUAUAGUGUGAAUAAAAUAUAACAAAAAUGCUAAAAUUUAAAUUAAACUUAAAGCUAAAACAAUUCAAGCUCUUUUGCAGCUUAAUGCCACAGUUAAGUUGAGGUAUGUACCUCUUAAUUAAUAAAGAUUCUAGAAUCUUUAUUAAUUAAGAGGUACAUACCUGAAUCAUUUUUGUUAUACUUUCUUCUCCAUUCUUGUCACAAUUAUUAAUUUUUAUUAACAUUCAGUCACACCUUUCUGGCUGGCUCUCUAUAAGUUCAGCACUUUUCCACUGAUCUUGUAUUUCACGUUUGAUAAUGGUCUUGAAAUAAGAACCGAAAUAUUAAGUAUAUUUAUUUUGCGUCAAUUCUUGCUUAUACUUAUAUUUUAAGUUAGCAAGAUGUUUUUCGGAGUUGUUUUUGUAUUAUAUUUUUUUCAUUUGUCGGCGGGUAUAGUGUGAACACCUAUCCGACACGUGACUAUCCACUUAAGAGAUCGGCGCGGCGCACCUUCGCUCUGUCACAGAAAUCGCGCCGCUACAACCGUUCUUGUGUACGAACAAAAGCCCUAACCGGUAUGAUUUUUGUGACGGCGCAAACCGAGCUAUCCGGAAUAGUGUGAACAUAGCCGGAGUUCUUCCAUGACCUGCAUUAUAGCAUAACAAAAGUAAAGAGCGCGUUCUGAUUGAUUAAUUACCUAUUUGUUAUUUGCCCAUGGGUGAAAGCUGACAUGAGCUAGCGCGGGCUCAAACUCAUAAUUGGGAAAGGUUUUGAUCUUAUUAAUGAGCGGAAGUUUGCAAGUCAUUUACAUAAAAAGAGUUUCACGACCUACUUUAAGAAUGAAAACUACUUAUUCAGAAAAAAAAGAACGAAAAGGACUAAUGAUUCUAGCACGACAUAGCACGCGCAGAUGAAAAAACUCAGGCCAUUCCACCAACAAUCAGUUAGCAAAUUUUAGAGUUUUUCUUUUGAUUAUAUGUUAUAAAACAAAUGAUAAGCGGCUCAGCGUGUACCAUUAAGCUAUGAUUGCCCUUGGGAGAAAUUUGCUAAGUACUCAAGAAGCUAAAAUCGCACUCAAUACGCUUCUUUUGUGCUUAGCAACCACCCCCGUGUAACCCUAACCCUAUAGUGCAAACUGAAAUAGGCUUUACUUUCGUUCAUACACGGCACGCUUGCUGUGAUUGGCCGUUGUCCAUGAUAUGAUAAAACUGUACAUAGUACAGAAAAACUGAUGACGUCACAGGAAAAAAUCGCUUUCUUUGUAUCUGAGAGAUUAUUUCGGAUUUGGCGAGCAAAGUUUAGCAAGGAGCUGUUUACAAAGUUAGAGAAAAGGGGAACGCAGGCGAAAAGCGGUUCUCGGCGAUUUAAAAAUGCCUUAAUUAGAAGCCUAUCUUGAAAACAUGUCAACGCUAACAGGAGACUGACAGUUUUGAAAAUGUUUGCGUGACAGUUCUGCUUUGAGCAAAUGUAAAAGGUCUGGAAAAAGUUUCGGAGAAGCUAUCCCCAUUCUUUCUCCCUGCACUCCACUAUAAUCGGCUCCUGGGACAGGAAAGAUUGUGCGUGUAAAGAAAAUGUUACUAAAACGAGGAACGGGAAACGAGAAAACACCUCGGGAAACGGGGAUUUACCACCGUUUUCGUUGAUACGCGACUUUCGAAAACAAAACACCCGCGGAAACGUUUCCAAAAUUUCCGUCAAUCAUGCAUGUUAUCGACAGAUCGGAUCGAAAUCCACCAAUCACAGCCACCAGUGUGACCUUCUGACCUCGAUAACACGCAUGAUUGACGGAAAUUUUGGAAACGUUUCCGCGGGUGUUUUCUUUUCGAAAGUCGCGUAUCAACGAAAACGGUGGUAACAAUAAGAAAAAUAUGAAACGGCAAGGCGACGAAAAAGUAAACAAAAAAAUAAAACAAGUAAAUAUAUAUUUAAACAAAUUGCAAUUUGUUUAAAUAUAUAUUAAUUGUACUGAUCCAGGUCUACAACUGGGAGGUCAGGCACCACUUAUUGGUUUGUUGCUGUGGACUUGCUGACAUUCUAAAUAUUUAAAGGACAUAAGAAGUAGAAAAUAGAGGGAUAUUAAGAAGAAGGAAAAUUGUUGAUGGGGCUAGGUACUGAUAGCGCCAGGUUUAAGUUAGGUUCCGUUUUUUCAAUUUGCCAUUGACCUGUUCCUUAUUUAGUAUAAAUUCUCAGAGAAAAUACAACUCAUAUCACAGCCAAGAGGUUAUCCUGAUCUCAUUUGAUCCUGGGCAAAAAUCAACCUAAAGCCAGAGACUCAAAAGUCUUCAAGAAAUUCACACUCAGUAACCUGUUCAUAGUGAAAACCGUCGCUGCCAUUUCCCCUGAGUGCCAUUUCUUUAAAUUUCUCGAAAUGCUAUAGCCUGUUCCAGGCGUUCAGGUAAUGGGGAGCGGUGCGAAGUAAAAAGGAGCGCGAAAAAAAUAAAAGCGAGGGAGGGGGAGAGGUAAGAGAGGGAACACCUCUCUCCCCAGUCCCCCUCUACUAUCUGAACGCUUGGAACAGGCUAGAAAUGCUAGAAAUCACCUGUGUGAACCCACCUUCGGGCGAACAAGAUGGGGAUUAUAAACUCGUGAAUUCCCUGCGAGCAGAGGCUACAUUUUCGCUGUGUGAGCUGGCGUGCGAAAAGUAGCCUCUGUCGAUAACCGUUCAAUUUUCCUAUUUUCCAUCGUGCAUGCGCGAAAUUCGUCACGCGAUUCGCAAGCAAAAUUAAUCGUCAGGUCUUUCGUAAAAUGAUGCGAGUUUCGCAGGAAUACAAAAAUUGCGACAACUCUGAUCUGCUACGCAAGAUUCACCCAAGACUCACGUAAUGUUCUAAACCGGUCAAGAACAGGAGAAAGCCCGUUUUUUUAAUUUAUUCAUCCAGAUUUCUACUUUCCGCACGCCAGCUCACACAACGAAAAUGUAGCCUCUGCUCGCAGGGUAACUUGUGAAAAGAGUAUUAGAUAAAAAACACAAGAAUGGGUACUUUAAUUUUUCAAGCGGAUGGGGACCGAAACGCAAGUGAGUCACCGACAACAGUACGAGAAUAAAAUGAAAGAAGAUUAUGGCAGUUAUAGACGCAACUUUUACAGAUGCGAGAAGAAAGCCUGGAAAAAUUCAGGCUUGUACGGGAUUCGAACCCUUGACCUCUGCGCGAUACCGGUGCAGCGCUCUACCAAUCGAGCUAACAAGCCAACUGGGAGCAGGACAUUUAGUUGGUUCGUUAUAAACCCUUGAAAGGAUGACGAUGAAGAAAUAAGUAUAUGAAAAUCAUAUAUGGAAACUACAGGGUGAAGAAUUAAACGAAAGAAGAUCAUCGCAGUUAUAGACCCAACCUUCACAGUUCGAAAAAGAAACCCUGAAAAAAAAAUCAUUUGAAGAUAGUCAUAUGAAAGAGAUUACAGCUCUAAAACUAGAGCAAGAUGUCUACCUUUCAUCGGCUUGCAAUAAAAUACGGCUGAGCUUAUUAAAACCAGUGGGAGUUAUUAAAAGGUGGCUUGUGAAUGUCACGCAUACUCUGGACUUUCCUUAGAGUUCACUGAUUUUAGUACACGGCACAAUGCAUGCUGAAUCGGAGAACUUGAGCAAGGAUAAACGCGUUUCACAAUUUAGGAUAACUGCAGGGAACAGUGAUUGAAAUGUUCCCUUGCGAAAACCCAGACGAUAAUCCCUAUUAGUCAGGGGCACCCAACUUCAAUUUUCGGAAAAUAGCUGGUCGGAAGACUUGAGAUCUAGAAUUUUCGGAACAUUUGUUGUAAAAUUUCUUGCUUGCAUGCCUCUCCUAGGAUUUUCGAACAUCUAAAAAAUGGUAUAAUUGCCCAUUUUUAACGGAUUUUUACCCCUAAAAAGGUCACCUAGAAUUUUCAGGAGCCUUUUUUCUGGCUGAAAUUUUCGGAAAGGUAAGCUUCUGAUCCCUAUAAUUUUCGGAUCACUAGACUUUCAGCUAGGAAAUCCGAACACAUGAAAAAUUUUUAGGGGAUAAAAAUAUGCCUAUAUCUACCUUUCAAAUACUAAAAUACGUUCAACAAUGUUAUGUUUAAGUGGUUUUGAACUACAUGCUUGUUGGGUGCCACUGAUUAGUAUAAUAUACACGGGAAAGACUAUGCGGGAAUGCUCCUCCUAAGAGGGGUACAUUUUGCAAUCCAGAUUAUAUUCAAUCAGCUGUGUCGUAUAGAAUAGCCAUUUAUACAGAAGUCUCACAAAAAAUAUCUAAAAUACACUAACCUCCCGGCCGACUAAUCUCAGAUGACUGGAAAAGUUAUCUAGACAUUUUCCGCCUUUCUCGAACUUUAGAAAUUUCUAGACAAUAUUUGUCUUUAAUGGCAAAAUCUUGCCUUAUUAGACACGAUUUCUAUCGCGCGAUGACGCCCCUUUAAUUGUAGGUUACGUUCAGGAAGCUUAAAGCUUUAAAAAAUGUAUAUGGCAGCACUCUAGACAUUCUCUCAUUUUUUUCCUACUCUAUGCUCGUCUCGACUGGCUGUCACAGCACAUCCGUUUUAAAGGCCUUGAAGGUGGACUAUUGCCUGAUCGCGUGACGUACGUGUUGCCUCAGGCAGAAGGCCAUGUUCCCAAGGCCAAAACCGUGAAAUCUUACAGUUCGUCUUGAUUUCUACGGCAUCGAAGUUUUUGCAAAGCGUUUCGCUGCAACGAAAAACAGGUGUAAAAGGGAUGCGAAUCAUGGAUAAACUGCGUUCAUGUACCUUCUCUUUUCUCCUGCCUAUCCUCAUAGUCAACACAGGUAAGAAAAAAAUCCUCCAUUUCAGUUCAGUUUAGAUUAGUCCUUGUCUAACCGAACUUUUUCCUUCGCGUGCCGAUACGUUCUUCUCAGUAAACUUCGAUCAUAGUGUAAUGAAAUCAGCAGCGCACACCGUUCUUUGCUGAGGAAAAAAAUAACAUAUUGUAGAAACUGGUAGCUUUUGUCCUUAUUCUAGGAGUGUAGGAAGCCUCGAGUGCAGUCAUUCAUAACCCACACGGCGUCCGGGUGCACGAAAUGUCUUUCUGGCCACUACAAAGCAAAAUCAAGUUUUGUUGAAUUUACAAAUCCUUUCAUAUUACAACCAUCAUCUUUUUGCCGUAAAACGGUCUUUCUGAAAAACUGAACUGAUUCGAUUUUAUCCGAUGAAACAAGAAAGGGCAAUCUAGCGUCGUAUCGAAAAAAAAAUUUAACACUUAAUCGGCUUAAGAAAGAACUUUGGCCAUUUGUUGAAUGGAUGUCUGUCUGAGAAUGCAAAGAUCUAAUAUUUCACUUCAAUAAAUUAAGAUCUAUAUCGUUCUACGAAAUAAAAGAUAUGAUCUGAUAUUCUGUAAAACGCUGACUGAUUCAAUAUUAUCUAAAGCGAGACUUGUUUAAAGCAUGACAAAUAACUUAGACACUAAAAAGUGUUUAAGUUUGGGUUGGGCGAAGCGGAAUCUUUAUAAAUAUUCUUUCCGCACGGGAUGCUCUCGGGAGCGUUUCAUGUUUUGUCCUUCUCUCAAUGGUACUUCUCUAUAUGGUCACUAAUGUCAAUAAUGAUGGUUUUUAACGACGGAAAGCCUCUUAAGAAGCACUUACUCCGAAGGAUCAAAAAAAGACUUUGUUUUUAUAGCAGCCUUGUUUUAAAUCUUCGUGAUGUGCAACAUUGUGACCGUCACGAAGUUUGCAGCAGACAGACGAAAAUAAUGGUAAUUACAGUGAUCAACCAUCCAACUUACGGUUGAUAUAAAAGAAGUGAAAAUUAUUUCACCUUUGAUGAUAAGUGUUCAAAUAAACAAUUGCGUUGCGGUCAAGCAGAUCUCAUGAGAUCUUAUCGGGCCAAUUCGUCCACCCGCCCAAUGUCACUUAUCCAAUCUUACUAAAUCUACAGAUAGUAUAGUAUUGAUUUAUUCAGGGACUAUUUAUAGACCACAUAUGAUUAAGUGCUGAGACCAAAGGGGCAAAUGUCAACUAACUUUUUGUAUCAUUUUGAAAAGUAAGAAAAUAAGCAUUUUUACCGGUGGAACUGAUUAAUUUAUACAGUUGUUUUGUCUGACCUUCUACUGAGACUAGAACCAUAGAUAAGAAUGAUUGGUUACGGUGCAUGAAUUAAAUCAAUGGCUUUUUCAUUUGAUUAAACACAUUUAAUUAAGUCUAUCUUCCAGAAAUUGAGUUGUUUGAAGAGCAUUUUUUUUUUAAGCCAAAAGAGCAUGAUUCAUAGAGUCACUAUUUCGUACAGAGUACUGGAAUAUUGUAAAAAUACAUAUUACAUAUACUUCAAAAACCAUUGAUAUUUAAAAGGCAUAUUGUCCAAUUAACUUUGCGGAUUUAAUCACGUGUACGGACCUUUAUACCUGAUAAAACUCAGCAAACUGAAAAGUCAGGGGGAGGGAGGGCUUUGAAUUUAAUUUAGCCUAAAGGGAAAAACGGGGUUGAAUGACUAAAACUGCUGAGGAUGAACAUUUUAUAUAGAAAAUACUAAUGAACGUGAAAUUUUAUAUAAAACGGUCCAAAUCUGCAGUUAUAAAUGAAAAGCCAAAAUUUUGGCUAAAUGUAUCUUUCCGAAGACAGAAAAAGUUCAAAAAUACAUGUAAUCGAGAAAAACCGUCAACCGGUCAGAACUUAUUCUAAAACGAAAUACGGAGAUUUCUAACCGAGAAAGCACCAAACCGCAGUCUAUGUUAUCAUUUCAAGAAGCAAUGGGCGAAAUAAGUCACAAACAACAUAAUCUAAUUCUUACUAGUUUGCAGUGACGUAAAAAUUAUCAAUGCAUGUUAUGUCGCUUUGCACUUUGAUUUAGCGACACUUUACUCGAGAAAUUUUUUCCCUCUUGUGAAAUUUUUCAUUUGGAUCAGAGUGGCAAAGGGGUUUUUCCAUAACGAGUGAUGGGACCUAAAUUAUCAGCGUGUUGCGUGAUUGGGCCGAAAUUAGCCGCGUGAGGCGUGAUUGAGCAUAGCAGCUUGACGCGUGAUUUUCCUUUGAAGCUUCCGUGCUGGUUUAAAAUAUCAUUUGAAACUAGAAGCAGAGACAUUAAAAAUAGAUAGUUAUGACACCAACUUCUUGCCCUUUUUUGUCGUUCCUUGACCUCUGAUUUCCCCAGAUCAAAUGAUAAAAGGAUGCGUGUAAAGUAGUUAAAUAUAUAUUUUUUUAUUUUCCUGUGAUGCGUGAUAGCUUCCAAAAAAUGGGCGUGAUACGUGCGUGAUAGGAAACCCCCCUUUGCUACCCUGUUGGAUAGCCGUGUUGCGAAGGCAAGUAGACGCUUACACCAGACGACGAGCGAAUAGUAUCCCAUGAUGCAUUUUUCCAGAAGCAUCACGCAAUAUCGCAGUCAUGGCAGAUUCCAUCAUGAAAUAAGGUCGUUUUCUCGUCGGCUUUUUUCUCACUCGAUUUCCAGUAAAAGUAAGAAAAUUACAUUAUUUCGUUAUUUGACAUGAUUUCUCCAAUUUGCAAUGGCUUAAGAGCGUAGUUUCCGCACAGAAACAAUUUAUUUUCACGGUUUCAAGUAGUCUUCCCAUCACAAAGUGUUCAGUGACCCACAACAAGGUCAUGAAUAUUCAAGAUUUUUUGGAAUAUAUGUUGAAAUCUUCGAAAUGUGGACGUCACGCCAGCAAAAUGAAGACCUGAAUAUUGUACAGGCUAAGAAGUACCCAGAAGUACCCACAUUUUGAAGACUUUUUCGUCGACCAAAGAUGGCUUAAAUUUCGAAUCUUUUAUCACAUUUAAACGCCAUGUGUCAUAAUAUAUGUGUACUGCUGAAGGCUAUCAUCUGUUGGGCGCUUUCGAGAGGCUUUAAUAUUUAUGCCGAAGCAAUCACUUUGUAUUUUCAAAGAGGUUAUUUCUAAAAGGAAUUUGUCUAUAAUUAUUUUAAUUCGAAGAAGGAGCGGUGCAUAAUGGUGUGUUCAGGGGCACCCAACGAGGAUAUAGUUCAAAACCACUUAAAAUAGCAUUGUUGAAUGUAUUUUAGUAUUCAAACGGUAGAUAUAGGCGUGCUUUUAUCCCCUAAAAACUUUUCAUCUGUUCGGAUUUCCUAGCUGAAAGUCUAGUGAUCCGAAAAUUAUAGGGAUAAAAACUUACCUUCUCGAAAAUUUCAGUCAGGAAAAGGCUCUCGAAAAUUCUAGGUGGCCUUUUUUAGGGUCAAAAUCCGUCAAAAAUGAGUAAUUACACCAUUUUGCAGAUGUUCGAAAAUCCUAGGAGAGGUAGGAAAGCAAGAAAUUUUACAACAAAUGCUCCGAAAGUUCUAGAUCUCAAAUCGUCUUCCGAACAGAUAUUUUCCCGAAAAUUGCCGUUGGGUGCCCAUGUGUGUUUCAGUGUGACAACAACCUAAAGAAAGGUACCACGCAGCAUGCAAGCCGGCACAACGUAAACAGGCCUGCUCAGAAUUUGAAAAAGAAACAUCAGAAACUUUAUUUAUUCAAAAGAACAGAUCAGUAUUCUGGCCAGGAAAUUUCCUUGAUGAUUGCUUGAGUCAGUACCGGGUAGAUUGUGCUUCAGAGAAUUGUUUGUCGCAUCGAUAGGUUAAAUUUUAUUUGUAACUGCCGUUGUAAACUUCAGCUCCUUUGAGCGCGAUGCUGUAAUAAAUUCUUCUUUGGUAAUUAGCUUCGCAGCGUAGCGGCUGUUUUGUUGGAACCACUUUAUAGAUCAGUCAUAGUUUUGGUUCUCCUCUGGCCUAGGUACGGUUCUGCUAGUGAACCUAGCGAAGCUUAUCAAUUGCCGAGUCUUAUACUUUGUGUUUAUAGUGCGACCGAGCGCACAAAGGAGUUCUCGACAGAUCAGUGAAAUACAUGUAAAACCCUUCUUGAUCAAAGUAACGCUGAAAUUCUCCUUUAAAGGACAGUGAAUAUAAGCCAACUGGAUAACCUCAAAAGCAGAAGCUGCUGAACCGAAACAUGUUUGGAAACCAUCCACAUCGAGCACUGCGAUCGAUCUUCACUUCACGCGUGCUGAAGAUUACUGAUAAUGAUGUGCCACGUACGCAGUUGAUAAUAUAACAUGAAUCGAGGUGCAUCAUGGGAUACUAUUCGAUCGUCGGCUUACACUGUGUACUUCACUUGCAUAAUGCAUUUGCAUAAAUAUUUCUGUCCAACAUUUUUUAGUUGAACUUUUUCCAAUCAACACGUUUUUAAUAAUACAAAAGAAAUAUGCAUUAUUUAGCUCUCCUUUUCACAGGCGUUCUAAGCUCAAGUUACAAUUUACUUUCUCACUUGAGAGUCGGUGUCGCGUUACGGGCGUCCGUUGAGUCGUUGUAUGAGAGACUAAAUACUGAGGUGUGCGAACGCAAAAUACCAUUACAUUUUCCCUUUUUUAUAGAACAUAGAUAAAGAAGACUUCCCUUUGAUGCAUUCCUGUGUCUUUUUGGUGUGAAUUCAUCGAUUUAGUCGAUUUUUUGGUUCUAUUCUGUGACCCCUGUCACUUCACUCUCAAGACGAAGUCAAGGCUGCACAGAAAAACAGCCGACGUCCGGACCAUGUCUACUCGAAGGCUGUUCGCAGCCCGAAAACCAAUCGAAUAGCAAAAUGUUUUGACCAGAGGCAACGUUUUAUCAUUGCCGCACUGUUUAUAAGCGAAAUAUAUCCCCAUGCAUGUUGCUGGAAAUGAGCAUUUUCUCGCGCCAUGUCCCACAAUACCUUCUUUCGGCAAACGCUAUGAUCGGGAGAGUGAACACAGGGCUUGGGUCCGAGGUCAAAUUUCCCUUGACCGUUUGUUGCGAGUUUUCUUUGUUGACUGAGCCACCUCGGUCGAGGGAAAUUUGACAAAAUCACAGCGUUUGCAGACAUAGCGCGAGAAAAUGCUCAUUUCCAGCAACAUGCGUGGGGAUAUAUUUCGCUUUUAAAGAUUAACUGAGGUGUAGCGAUGAUAGAACUUUGCCUCUGGUCGAAAAAAUCUGCGAUUCGAUGGGUUUUCGGGCCGCAAACCGCAUUCGAGUAGACAAGGUCCGGACUGCCAGCUGUUUUGCUGUGCGGCCUUGACUUCUUUUAUGAAUGGAGUGACAGGGGUCACACAAUAGAGCCAAAAAGUCGGCUAAAUCUAUGAAUUCACACACAAGACAAACACAAGAAAACAUCAAAGGUAAUUCUCCUUUAUUUAUUUUAAAGAAAAAAGGUAAAAUAUAAUGAUAUUUAGCUUUCUCAGACCUCAGUAUUUUAUUUCUCAUACAACGUCUCAACGGUCGCCUGUAACGCGACACCGACUCUCUUGUGAGAAAGUAUCUCGUAACGUGACGCCUGUGUCCUUUGGAAAUGAAAUACUCCGGGGACGUUUUUGAAGCUGUGCAAAGCACUCACAGCACGUGUUUUAUCAUUAGUUAAAAUCCUCGCGCUUCGCGUUCGAAUUCUUUACCAGUGAUAAAACUACUGUUCAUUAAUUAUUGAUUAGGCAUAAGGUUGCGUUCUUUAAACCAACACAGCCAGAGAAAUUAUUUACUUUUCAAAGAAACAGAAAUUUAUUUGGAGGCUAUACUUAAAGAUAUCUGUACUCAGAGCUAAACAAGUAUCUGCCUUGAGAAAAUCUUCUUUGCCAACUCGCUUGAUGGAUGCUGAUAAAAGUUUUCAUCGCUGAUAAAAAUAGGUCGAUAAAUCAAGUUCAUAUGGAGGCCUAGACCAGAACGAUGAAAGGCGCCGCUGUACUCGCUUAAAAUAAUGAAACCUGUCGAAUCACUCACUUCACUAAGUUCAGUUUGCUUUUUACUAAAGUGCUUAAAACAUUGAUUCUCAAGAACCAUAUUUUAAUGUUCUAGGAGUACUAGCAGCUUCACCACCAACAACUUUGCCAACAUCAAACACUGCGCAUCAACCUACCAGUCCAUCGCCGUCUUCAGAUGUGCUAGCUGCUUACCCAAGUACCCCCUCGCUUCAACCAUCAAAACUCUCAAGCCAACCUAAAAGCGUACCUCUAUCUUUACUUAGUUCAGGACUGUCUAGCAGCGUGACACCUGUUUUAAGUACCAUUGUCGACGCAACAAGUACCGUGAUUUCCACGGCUGUAAAGCGCCCUGAUAAACCCAGCUACGUGUCCAGUUUCUCAAGAUUCGAGAAUGCUGAAACAAGUACUACAGCUUUCUCAACUUCACCGAUUCUAAGUAGGUCUGGCAAGGUAGAACCUUCUUCUAAUGGUCUGUUGGUCACCUCUUGGCCAUUUUCAAGAAAGUCUCACAGCACAGAAUCUUCAAGUAACGAAAUUGCCCAAACAAGUGCGGUGGUAUCAACAGCUGUAGCGAAGCCAAGUAAAACCAACUCAGCAGAACUCUCCACAAGUAGUAAAACUAAAGCGAAAAGUUCUUCUACCUUUACGUCUUUGAAAGAAUCGAGCGUGAAAACGCCGACAAGUAUUGAAACUGGUGAGACAAGUUUUUUGAAGUUCACAUCUUCACCGAUUUUAAGACAAUCCCGCAGUGUUUCACCGACUUCAAGCACCAAGACUGAUGAAAAGAAACCUUCGACUACCACACCUUCCGCACAUCUGGACGAGUCAAGCAGCGUACCUAUCGGUGUAACAGAUUCUGUAAAAUUCACAUCAUCGCCUACACCACUACCAUCUAGCGACGAAAUCCCAUCUUCAAAACCUUUGACUACUACGUAUUUGGUAGGUCUAGGAGAUUCCAGCAGCGAAGAGUAUUCUCAACCUGACAGUACUGAAAUAAGUCCAGUGAGUUCACCGACACUUCGAAAAUCUACCGGUGAACGAUCAUCUUGGAGCAUCGAGAUAACUAAAUCGUCGGCUAUCGCGCCUGAGGAAAGUUUAGUGGAGUCCAGCAGCGUGCUGUUCUAUUUACCCUCUGAGGGUACUCCAACAGGUGCAGUGACAGUCACAACAUCACCGACACAACUACAAUCUAGCAAACUAGCAUCGCCUUCAAGAACCACGUUUGUAGUGACUGCCACUUCAUCGUCGACAUCACAAAAAUCUGUCAGCGCAGUAUUAACUUCAGGAACCAAAAUCGCUAACAUAAAAUCUUUGAUUUCUACCAUUUCAAUAAGUCUUAAGGAGUCCAGCAGCGUACCUUCCUAUUCACAACCUGAAAGUACAGCAACAAGAUUAGACACUCUCACUUCAUCGCCGACAUCAGAAAAAUCUAGCAGAGUAACAUUAACUUCAAGAAGCAGGACUGCUGACUUUAAAUCUUCGACUACAACCCCUUCAGCAAGUCUAGAGCAGUCCAGUAGCGUACCGUCCUAUUCACAACCUGAGAGUACAGGUUUAGACAUUGUCACCUCAUCGCCGGCAUCAGGAAAAUCUGGUAGCGUAACAUCAACUUCAAAAGCUAAGAUUUUUGACAUUAAUUCUUCAGCUAUAACCUCGUCAGCAAGUCAAGGGGAUUCCAGCAGCUUACCGUACUUUUCACCUGCUGAUAGUACUACAACAAGUGCGGCAAGUUUCACAUCAUCGCCGACGUCACUACAAUCGAGCAGCGCAACAAUAUCUUCAAUAACCAAGAUUGAUUACAUCAAAUCUUCGACCAAAACCCCUUCAACAAGUCUAGAAGAGUCCAGCAGCGUACCAUCCUAUUCGCUUCCAGAGAGCACUACAACAAGUACAGCAAGUUUCACAUCAUCUCUGACAUCACUACAAUAUCGAAGCGUAACACCAUCGUCAAUGACCAAGAUUGAUUACAUCAAAUCUUCGACUAAAACCCCCUCAGAAAGUCUAAAAGAGUCCAGCAGCGUACCGUCCUAUUUGCUUCCAGAGAGCACUACAACGAGUACAGCAAGUUUCACAUCAUCGCCGACACCACUACAAUCUCUUAGCGUAACACUAUCUUCAAAAACCAAGAUUGAUUACAUCAAAUCUUCGAUGGAAACACCUUCAGCAAGUAUAGAAGAGUCCAGUAGCGCACCGUCUUAUUCACUUCCAGAGAGCACUACAGCAAGUGAAGCAAGUUUCACAUCAUCUCCGACAUCACUACAAUCUCGAAGCAUAACACCAUCGUCAAUGACCAAGAUUGAUUACAUCAAAUCUUCGAUUAAAACCCGCUCAGCAAGUCUAGAAGAGUUCAGCAGCGUAGCGUCCUAUUCACCUACUGCUAGUACUACAACAAGGGCAACAUCAUCGCCGACAUCACCCCAAUCUAGUAGUGUAACGCAAACUUCAAGGACCAAGACAGCUUAUAUUAAAUCUUCGAUUACCACGCCGUCGGCAAGUCAAGGAGAGUUAGGCAGUCUACCGCCAUAUUCACAUCCUGAUAGCACUCAAACUAGUCCAGUGUCUUCUACAUCAUCGUCGAUGUCACGACAAUCUACAAGCUCCAUGUUACCUUUAAAAACCAAGAUUGUUGACACUAAAUCGUCGACUAUCAUAACUAGCGCAAGCAUAGGAGAGUCCAGCAGCGUUCUGUCCUAUUUAAAAGCUGGUAGUACUCCAAUAAGUUCAGUAAGUUACACAUCAUCGCCGACCUCUCCACAAUAUAGCAGCGUACCACCAUCUUCAAGAACCGAGACUACUGACACAACAUCUUUCACAAUCAGACCUUCGGAGAGUCUAGGAGAAACCAGCAGCGUAGCAAUUUAUUCACAUCCUCAGAGUGCUCCAACAAGUGUGGUUACUACCACACCAUCACUGACUUCAUUACAACCUCGCAGCCUACCACCAUCUUCAAGAACCAGGACUUCUGACACAAAAUCUUCCACCAUUAGUCCUUCGGACAGACUAGGAGAGUCCAGCAGCUCGCCGUCCUUUUCACUCCCUCAGGCUGCUCCAACAAGACUUUUAAAUUUCACAUCAUCACCUACGCCGCAACAGUAUAGCAGUGUGACACCCUCCUCUAGUGACCAGAUUCCUUUACCAACCUUAAAUAAAACCACAUUACAACGACCUGCUACAAUUGCUAAGACUAGUGUAACAAGUUUUCCGACGUUGUUCCCGACGAAGUCGAAAAUUUCAUCGGUGUCUUCGAGUGCGGAGAUUGGUACAACUGGUUUUGUUACUCUCCCAUCUUCCCAAGAUCCAAUACAGUACACAAUAACAACCCGGUCUCUAAGUACGGAUGUUACGAAAAUAACUUCUGAAACAUUUUCCUCAUCUCCACGUCCAAGACGUCCUAGCAGCAUACCACCUUCUUCAAGCUCUAUAAUAGCUGCAAGGCAGUCUCUGACAAAAUCACCGUCUCCAUCUGUUGAGGUUAACACAACACGUACUGCGACUAGUACGAGCCGAAGCACAUACAUACCUGUAGUAGCUUCCUCAAGUACAAUGAACGUAACAGUAAAACAAGUGGAUCUCACCAUGAACAAGACUAUCACGGGGUCACGCUCAUCUAUAAAUUUCGAGGUAUCCUUCAGUUCUGUGAAGUUGACUCAUGACGUGACUGUCACAAGCCAACUGCACUCAGCUGUACAAGCGACGUUGAGUAGUUCAAAAAGAACCACCAGGUUAUUUAACUUCACCUCAACCGAGAUGGUAAUGACCCCAAGCACAGUGUCGCCUUUCAGUGCUGCGAAAUCCUCAGACUCAGUGAAUUUUACCUCGAGCCAGAGACCAUUUAUUAGUGAAACUUCGUCCAUCGGCAGUUUCCGUCCAACGGAGAGUUCCAUGACUUUCAGGAAAGACCAAACUACACUAAGACCAACCUUAUCGACUAUUGCAUUCCCGUCUAUCAGUACAGCAAAUUCCACGGAUCGUUCAAUAUAUUUGAGCACAACUCGUACUUCAAUAGACAUGGGCCCAACGAGCGUAUCUACAACCUCUGCUACCUCCUUUAAAACUCAAACUGAGCCAAGUCCCAGCCAAUCCAGUGAGAUUACACCCACAACCACUAUUUCGCCCACGACUCAAAAACCCGAGGUCAGUCUUAAAAGGUUCAAUGUUACAAUGACGAUAACAAAUAGAGAUUACAAUAGCAGUCUUGGAGACAAAGAGAGCCAGGAAUUUCAGAAUUUAGCAGAGGAAGUACGAGACAAUGUUAAAAAUGCGCUCAACGAUUCGAAAGGAUUUAUUUCUUCCGAGGUGGAGAAAUUUCUUGAAGCCAACAGUGUUACUUGCAAACUAAAAAUACUAGUUCGAGAAGACUCGGAUAUCACCAAAGAAACGAUAAAAGUAUCACUUGAAAAUAGCAGUGGAAGUCUGAAACUAACCGAUGUCACAGUAGUGGACGCAGAGAUGCCAACAACUAUGGCAGUUACGGACAAAAAAACACCUACCAAACCCACUGAGAAAACUCGUACUUCAAUAGACAUGAGCCCAUCCAAGAAAGAAUCGCUAUCCCUUAGUACUGUACAUGCCACACUAUCACUAUCAAGCCAAAUCUUGCCGCUCUUCAGUGCUCAGAAUUUCACCAAGGACCAAACUGCGAAGAUCCCAAGUCCAUCAACAAGCGUACGGCCCACUGUCACUACUGUAAAAGCAACACUAAGUUUUGUGUCCCUACCGAGUACAUCCACUAGCACAGCACUGUCGUUAAGUUCUUUACCAUCAAAGACUUCAGUGAGCGGUGACCUUUCAUCCACUGUACCUUCGCCAUUAAGUAGUGAAGUUGUUUCCACGGCUUCUUUAACAUUACAGAAAACAAGUCAAUACGUUAGUGCAAGAGUGCCUUCCAGGACUGGGGUUUCAAUGUCGAGUGCUAUGAUUUCCAUUCCCUCGUUGAUCCAAACUAGAUCUGCUAUUGUAACCUCGGUAGAUGUUAAGACUACUUCAGUAAGUACCGAAAGUUCCACAUCUUCGACGAGCCAAAGACAGUCUAGUAGUUUUUCGCCAUCUUCAAGUAUCAAAUCAACCUCGUCACAAUCUUUCAGUUUACUAACUACCCAAACUGUAUCAAGUACAAAGCAAGAGGUAACUGUUCCUUCCUCCAACAGCACUGAAAUUACAUUGCCAAGUUUUUCGAGUCCCGUCAGUAGUGUAUCGUCACCCAUAACAGUAAUUGAAACAGCACGUUCAGUCGCUUCCGUCUCCUCUCCUCCUUCAGGCCAAUGGAGUAGCAUGAAGCCUUCAUUAAGUACCGGAAUUGCUUCAAUACGUUCAGAGACUUCCUCAAAAGCCAAGACCAGUCAGAUCUUAAGAUUAUCUGCAAGGGCAUCCAGGUCCUUCAGCAUGGAUAUGGAUGUUACAUCUUCUAGUCUGUUGUCCAGGACUGCCCCUAUCUCAAAGUCGCCACAACCAACAAGCGUAUCUACAACCUCUGCUACGUCCUUUAAAACUCAAACUGAGCCAAGUCCCAGCCAAUCCAGUGGGGUUACAUCCACAACCACUAUUUCAACCACCGAGAAAACGACGACUAAGAAACCUACGAAGGACGAUGUUGUUUUUCAAGUAACAGCAGCAAUUCAAAACAAGGAGUAUACUGAUGAACUUGGUAACGUUUCAAGCAAAGAAUUCAAGAGCUUGUCAAAAGACGUCGCUGAAGUGCUCACUAAGAUUUUCGAUGGCAGGUUACCAGGGUUUCUAAGCGUGGAAGUUGUGCGGUUCCAAAGGGGAAGCAUAAUAUGCACAUUUAACCUCCGAACAAAAAGGGAAUCGACAGUAUCAGAGAAGGAGAUUAAAGAAUUGUUAAGUUAUGAACGUAGUAAAUACACUUUUAAAGAUAUUAAGGUGCAGCGAAAAACAACCGGACCGACUGAAACACCUACCACGAAAAUCACGGAAAAGGGUGCUGUGUUCCGCGUAACACUGACGAUAGCAAACGACGUAUACACUGAAGAACUUGCUGACAAAAACAGCGAGCAAUUCAAGAAAUUGUCUAAAGAACUGACUAAUAUUCUCACUGACAUUUUCAAAAAGGUGCCAGGUUUUCUUCGGGUGGAAAUUAUUAGCUUCCGCAAAGGAAGUGUUAUAUGCGUAUUUAACGUCAUCACGGAGGAAUCGAAAGUAUCGGGAGAUGAAAUAAAAGGCGUACUGACGGAGGCAAGUAAGAAUGGAAAGGCAGGUAAAUACACCUUUAAAGAUGUUAAUGUGGAGCAACCGCAAACAGGGAAGGCGACCAAGCCUGAAGAAAAUAACUGGCCAGCGUGGGCGACUGCUAUCAUUGCUGUGUUUGGAGUUCUUCUACUGGUUAUAUUCAUAAUUAUUUAUGUGGUAAGAAUAAUGUAAAGUUUAUGCCUUUAUAAGUUUCGUAGUUUUAUACCCACGAACUGUCUACUAGCCAAGAGUGUGAGAUAUUUAUUCCACCUCGAGUACCAGGGUUUUCUCCCAAAAAAUGUUCAACCUCCCAUGAAGAUAAUGGCGAGUUGAAGCAACGAGAAAGCUGACGUCCCGGAUGUCAUAGAUAGCAACCGGAAGUUCGAUGACUAGCUUAAUGGAACACUUCCGUCUCACACAACGAAUCUCAAUGCCUUUGUUUUAACUCCCGCUGUACGAAUUUGUCCAGCCAGCGCAAUGAAAAGUGAAAAUAUCAAAUUCCGGUUACCAUUUUUGAAGUCCGUGAUGUCAACGUUCUGGUUGCUUGAGAUCCCCAAUAAACUCGAUGGGACAAAAUCUUAGUAAUGCGCCGUUAUAAUUAUCCGUCAAGGUAACUCAGAGCACCACUAUUUUUGUGUAUAACGUAGGUCUGAUAUUAGGCAUUUUGGAGCUAGGUCUUGAAAGAUGCUUCGCAAGCCUUAGCCGGAAAUAUACCAAAGUCCUAUACUCGAAGACGCAAGUCUCAACACGUUUUCAUAUAAAACUGUGCAACUAAAGCGUACGCGAAAAAUGCCGUACUGCGUAAUCUGGGAUAAUUAUAAUCAGUGACUCUUGACAACUUGUUACCUCUGCAAUGUUUCGACCUUUCCUCGUUGUUAUGGUUUCCGUUCGAUUAAAACGCUAAGCCAGUCAUUUGGCACUCUUGAGUACACAAUUUUUCUCAUGACAACCUUUCUUAAAUAAGCUGUAAGACGGAUAAAAAAACAAUUGAGAUCGCCAAUAUAACCUGUGUGUAGUCGUGUUCUAUUUCCGUUUUUGCCUUCAGGAUAUCGCCAUUUAGGAACCGUAUUUUUUGCCUGUUAAUCGGUAGGUACUCCCAUGAUUAUGGCACUAUUGGGGAGCUUCUGUGACAUUGCUAAUUAUUAAAGUGGUCAAAAGUGACUGGACACUGCCCCCUUAACCUUGUGUCGGAACCCGAAGUAAUACAAGUAAUGUGAUAACAUCUGACAUAUUUAGAUACGCCAUUAUUAAAACAGAGCGCUUAGUCGAUCAUCAACACUAUCGAAAGAGUCUAGAACAGGCUCUUGGCACGUCUUUAUUUCAUUUUGAUCCUUUGUAGAUUUAUAAAAGGUUAACGAGUGGGUCUGCAGACUUACCCAACCAUGAUAAGGAGGAUAUGCCUUUAAAGGAUGUAAACCCAGGAUCGCCGACCAUUCACCACCGCAACAGUGAGCCAACUGAAAGGUAACAAAACAAAAUUUGCGCUUUAGACUGGUUUAUUGUGUAUAGCUUGAUGAACAUUUGUCUGUAGAAAGUUAGAUUGUUCUGUCUGCAACCAAUCCGUUACUAUGGGCAUUUUUGUCGUUUCUUUGCCCAGUCAGUUUCACACCAUUUUUCCCGGUGCCAAUUUUUGUUACAGUUGGCUAGUUCCAACUGAAAAAGAGGGUGUAUAAAUGGUGACCUUCAAAAUUUCAACAAAAUCGGGAAUCGGUAUGAGUCGUUGACCACCUCAUUGGUUAAGUCCACGAGACCAGCUGUCUUGCACUGCAGAACUAACUUGACUGGAAUAGAUUUGGUUGAUUUAAACAAGAGAAGAAACGGACCUCAGGACAAAAAUUAAACUUGCACUCUGCAUGCCAGAGUGUGUUGCGUCACAGCAAAUUUCAACUCCUUGGAGAGGCUUGUAGCUCAAUCUCUCUUGUGUAGACUGAGAACAAACUGGUCUGCCUGGAGCCAGUUUGGUUUUUAUCCGUUAUUGUUCAGUUUACUAUUCGACUGUCAAGUACUGCCCCCCAAGGGGGGCACUUGGGUUGAUUUUUGCUGGGUAUGUGCCGCUGGCCUCUCAGAGCCCCUAGUCUAUUUUGUGGCCAAUUAUAAACCCCACCAAAACACCAAUAAACGCAAACACUUUUGGGAAAAUAUGUAAUUUUGGCGAUCUCAACUUAAUUACUUUAUUUUUAUGAAUUGACCCAUUUUUUAAAUGGAAAGAAAAACACUUUACCGGUUUCAUCUGCAGUGCAAACAUUCUGGUACGCUUGCUAACCGUAGAUAUGAAGACCUGUCUUACCCCAAAAAAUCCGAAAAUGUGCGACCUCAUUCUAGUAAAUCUAUUGAAAAUGCGGCCCCAUUGUAGUCAAUCCAGUCGUGAAAAUGCGACCCCCAUCGAGCGGCACUUCCCCAUAAGCCUCUUAUAAGGAAGUACACCCCCCUGGAGUACUGCACUGUAUACAAAUGGCUAAGUGCUCAUUCAAAGACUCAUGUUCUAUGAAUCUGUUUAUUUUUUUUACAGGACCUCAUUCCUAAGUGAAUCGAGAAUGGAGGAAUAG